AUGGCGCCCACCCUUUGCUCCAAGUGCUCGACCCUCCGCUUCUACGACCUCUUCAACGACGAUGUCGUCUUCCACCCAGACCUCAACUCUCUCGUCCAAUCGGCCAAAAAGUGCGAGAGCUGUAGCUUGUGGUGGACACAAGUUCAACGGACCUGCGCCAAAGAGGACAUUGCAGCUUGUCUAGCCAAGAAGUUGCCCGCCAACGCAGUCAAGUCCAGCGACAACGGCGAUUUCAAGAUCUACCUCCGCGGCGAAUGGCAUCCCGCAGGCACCGCCAGCGUUCCCGACCAGAUCUGGCUCUCAUGCGGCGUUGUUGUCUCAGCAGUUGGCCAUGAUGCGCCAUCCAAACUACAAACCAAUCUUGUCGUCUUUGCUGACCCUGUCGCCGCCGGAGCAGACCCUGCCACCAACGCAGGCGGCUUGUUCGCGGGAAGAUACAGCACCAGUGCUGUCCACCCCGAAUAUCAUGCGACCUUUGCCAAGAAUACGUUGGUGAACUGUCGUAAGGGACAUGGAGUUUGCAAUCAGGCAUGCCCGCCCGGGACUCGACAAAUGCCGACGAGGGUCAUCGACGUUGGAGAUCAGACCUUGCCAGCGGCCAAGAGGGUCACGCGGAUUGUUUUGACCAAAGACCUAAAGCAGCCACAGCCAUACACGGCUCUGUCCUACUGCUGGGGCAGUGGCACGCAAGCAAUGCUCAACGACACGAACUUGGCCGAUUUCCUCAAGCUCCUCCCCGAAUCCCGGCUCAGCAAGACCCACACCGAGGCUAUUGACCUCACCCGCCUGCUCGGGAUUCGCUACCUCUGGAUCGACGCCCUUUGUAUCAUUCAGAAAAACCAAAAAGACUGGGAGGCGGAAUCCAAGCGCAUGUCCUCGGUCUACGGCAACGCUGAACUGACCAUCAUUGCUGGCCGGUCCCCCGAUAGCGGCCUCGGCUUCCUGACCAACCACUAUCUGACAACCAAGAAACACCCAAAGCCAGUCCCCAUGAGAGCCGGCCCCAAUCCCCAUACCGGCGAGGGCCCAGAUCUCGGAACUGUCUACCUGACAAUGCAACGUGGAAAGUCAGUCGGGCCCGUAGAUACCCGAGGCUGGUGCUUUCAAGAAGCUCUGCUCUCGAAUCGCGCUCUUGUCUUUGGAGAAGACCAGGUAUUCUACCAAUGCCGCCACCACACGCGGUACGAAGACGGAUGUGUAGACGUCGACGUUAGCAAGCGGGGACAGGCUCUAACUUCUCUCCAUCCCGGCACCAAACCCGAAGUCUUGAGGAGAUGGUAUCAGAUGCUCGUUUCGUUUACUCCCCGCGCAUUGACAGAGCCGCACGACAUCUUUGCUUGCAUCGUUUCCGUUGCACUGAUUACGCAUGGCGUUCUGAAGUCGAGGUACCUGGCUGGGCUAUGGGAAUGUGAUAUGCCAAGAGGGCUGCUGUGGAAAUCCCGCUGGAGUUAUGUCAGUCGCAAGCACUUUCAACCCAUCGAGAAGCCGUCAGCAUCCCCAUUCACCAAACGCCCAGGCGAGGUUCCAGGUAAGCCAGUGAUUCGUGCCCCUUCAUGGAGCUGGGCGUACGUGACAGGCCCGGUGUUCUGGGAUACCAACCCUCGUAUCGAGUCAAGAUGGAUUGAUCCCAAGAACAUUUGCAUUCGACCACGAGAUUCCAAAGGGCUGUGGACCAAGCAGUCAGGGGCAGGGAACCCAGAUGUGCUGUUCAUGCCGGCGCUGGAGCUACAGAUCUUUGGCAAGGCUGUCGAGGUUCGCUGCACAAAGGUGAUGAAGAAACACACGCCGUUGACGCCGGAGGGCAUCAUGUUGGAGCCGGUAAAGUCAGCAUCGAGUGGACCGGCCAAAUCGAGCUACAUUGCGCUGGGGUAUUUUGACUUCCCCAGUGAUCCAAUGCCGGCGAAUCUCUGGUGCUUACUCGUUGUCGCACAUGAAGGAUUACUGCUUACCCGCGAUGGAAAGGGCAAAUUUCAUCGCGUGGGCUGGUUUGCGGUGCAGGAUGGGAAGCAGUUUGAGGCCGUCAAGGAGACCGCCGUGGACUUGGUGUAG